CCCUUACAUGUCACACACUCCAGGUCCAGGUAGCUAGCCCUGGCCACCCGGGCAUCCCUGUAAAUAGGAGCAUACAUCUCUCUCUCUUCCUAGAGAGAGAAAGCCAUAGCUAGCUAGAGAGAGAAAGCUUAAGAGAGUAGAGAGCUUCUAGAGAGAGUGAGAGGGAGGGCAAGAUAGAGGGGAGGGUGCGCAGGAAGCUGAUGAGGCUCCUGUCGUUCGUGCCCUGCGGCUGCCGUGCUGGACCAAUCGACGACGCGCCGCCCGCCGCGCUGCCGGCGGCGACCGCCGGCGACGGAGGCGCCGCCGCCAGGAGGCGGCGGAGGAGGGCCAGGUCCCUCGGCGGCUCGCCGCAGUGGCGCCCCUCGCUCGGUGACAUCUACGAGGAGUACAGCGCCGCCGGCGCCGCCGACGCCGCAGCAGCCAAGCUCCGCCGCCCCGCCGCCGCCAGAGCCGGCCGGUCCGCCGCCCGCGACGCCGCCAGGGUUCUCCCCCGCGCACACAGCGAUGAAUACAGGCACAUCGAGACGGCGGUGUCCAUGCCGGCGUUUGCGCCGGCGGCGUUCCUCUUCUGAACGCGGCGGCGUCGGGUGGCCGGCGAUGAUGACGAAAAGUAGAGCGACGGCGAACUGUAUCAAACAUAUAUAUAGACUAUUAUUUUCUACUUACUGCAGGACUAAGGAUUUAUAUAUAUGAAUCCAGGAAAUAAUGGUGAUCGAUCUCUAGCUACUUGUAUGUAAUUAAUAUACUUGUGUGUGUUGAAAGAUACAAUAUGGAAUUGCAUCUGUUGUAUAUAGUGUAUAUACGUCAUAAUUAACAUCACAAUUGAUGCAUGAACAUGUCUUGUAAUCGAAUAUCUUGAUAUAAAUGGACAUAUGGUGUGUAAAAAUGUCAUGUACAAAAUGAUUGUCAAUGUAUAUAUAUGUAUAUAUAGUGGUGAUAAUUAAAUUAUAAUA